AUUGUUAAACAUGUUAGAUAAAAUGUGUCAGUAGAUGGCAGUUCAACUAAAAAUAGGUAAUUAAAAAAGAAAAGAAAAAGUUCAAAUGCUCGUUGAGGGUAAUUUUUGCAAGUUUUAACAAGAUCAAAAGUUAUGAACGUUUUUGUCAGUCGAGGGAGGUUGAACUAUUCUUUAUACAUAAUUUGAAAAUAAUAUAAAAAGUAAAAGGACUGGUUGAAAGUGUUUUGAAAAAAAGUUGUUUGAAAAAAAACUAGUAUUCGUCGGUUGACCUCAGUUUAAAAUAAAAAGUAAACAAUGUGAACAUCAAGAAUGGAAACUUGAAAGUUUAUUUGAGGAUAGUCGAAAAAUAAAUCGAUCAAUCAAAAAAUAAAGAGUUAAAACUUGAUGGGUGACCACUUUUGUUAAAAGGAGAGCAAACAAAAAGUGAAUUUUUGCAGUUUAUUUUGAGUCCCAUAACGUCAUCGUGUCUACGUCGAGCGAUGACGUCACAGCACGCCUCCAAUCACAACGCACGUCAAUGCAGCACCUGCGUGGCGAGGUUGUACUGUCUCUUUAAGCGGUGCGCGUGCACGUCAACAAAGUCAACCCGGUGCCAUCCAUGAAAGAAACUCGGCAACCGGAUGGUCUUGCACACUCACCUCAAAUCAGGUCAACUCUUCUCUUACAAAGAAAAGAAUAGUUGGUAGAAGAAAUCGCAACGGCCGCCGUUGCGGAAGUACCUGCCAAGAUGCACCUGUCGUGAGCGGCGGCCGUUUCCGGGUUGGACGCGUACGCGCGUGUGGACUUUGGCGGUCCUCGGGAAGUAAAAAGAAACAUGUCCGUCAACGAGCUCUACACGACGUACACGCGGGUAUGGAUCCCGCACGAGGAGAACAUAUGGCAGGCGGCGGAGAUCACCCGAGACUUCAAGCAAGGAGAGUCCGUGCUGCACCUCAGCCUGGAGGAUGGCACACCGCUGGAAUACCCGGUGGGCCCCUCGAGCAACGCCAUGCCCUUCCUGCGUAACCCCGACAUCCUGGUGGGUGAGAACGACCUGACGGCGCUGAGUUACCUUCACGAGCCCGCCGUGCUGCACAACCUCAGAGUGCGCUUCCUGGAGUCCAAUCACAUCUACACCUACUGCGGUAUCGUCCUUGUGGCCAUCAACCCGUACGAGGAGUUGCAGAUCUACGGCGAGGAGGUGAUCAACGCCUACAGCGGUCGGAACAUGGGCGACAUGGACCCGCACAUCUUCGCCGUGGCCGAGGAAGCAUACAAACAGAUGGCCAGGGACGAGAGGAACCAGUCCAUCAUCGUGAGUGGAGAAUCGGGAGCAGGCAAGACUGUUUCUGCUAAGUAUGCCAUGAGGUUCUUUGCCACCGUUGGAGGAGCUGCCAACGACACCAAUGUCGAGGAGAAAGUCCUCGCCUCCAAUCCCAUCAUGGAGGCCAUUGGGAACGCCAAGACCACGAGGAACGACAACAGCAGUCGCUUUGGGAAGUACAUCGAGAUCGGGUUCAACCGCAGCUACCACAUCAUCGGAGCCAACAUGCGAACGUACCUGCUUGAGAAGUCGCGGGUGGUCUUCCAGGCUGAAGAUGAGCGCAACUACCACAUCUUCUACCAGCUGUGCGCGUCCGCCUCUUUGCCGGAACUGCGAGACCUGAGCCUCACCAGCGCCGAAGACUUUGUGUACACGUCCAUGGGCGAAAACAUCUUCAUCGACGGCGUGAGUGACGCUGACGACUUGGACAGAACCAGGCAGGCCUUCAGACUACUGGGCAUCAAAGACGCCAGCCAGAACGCCAUCUUCAAGGUCCUGGCGGCCGUCCUGCAUCUGGGCAACAUCGAGAUCUACGCCGACAGGGACGGCGAGUCGUGCCAUGUCUCAAGUGACGACGUCCACCUGGCUCACUUCUGCAGGCUUCUGGGCCUGGAGCAUCCUCAAAUGGAGCACUGGCUGUGCCACAGGAAGUUGGUGACGGCGUCCGAGACCUACGUAAAAAACAUGUCGGCCAAGCAGGCAGGCAAUGCCCGCGACGCCCUGGCCAAGCACAUCUACGCCCGCAUGUUCGACUGGAUCGUGUCACACAUUAACCUGGCGCUGCACACGACCUCCAAGCAGCACUCCUUCAUCGGCGUCCUCGACAUCUACGGGUAUUGCCCCCAUCUCAGUUGCUCUCAUCAGGUCCCGGCUGAUAAUCGUGUCGCCCGCAGGUUUGAAACCUUUGAGAUCAACAGCUUUGAGCAGUUCUGCAUCAACUACGCCAACGAGAAGCUUCAGCAGCAGUUCAAUUCGCACGUCUUCAAAUUGGAGCAGGAGGAGUACAUGAAAGAGCAGAUCCCGUGGACCCUCAUCGAUUUCCACGACAACCAGCCGUGCAUCGACCUGAUCGAGGCGCGACUCGGCGUGCUCGACCUUCUGGACGAAGAGUGCAAAGUCCCCAAAGGAACAGAUCAGAACUGGGCUCAGAAGCUGUACAGGCAACAUGCCUCCAGCCCCCACUUUCAGAAACCUCGAAUGUCCAACUCUGCUUUCAUCAUCGUCCAUUUUGCUGAUAAGGUGGCGUACGAGUGUGCAGGCUUCCUGGAGAAGAACAGAGACACCGUGAAUGACGAGCAGAUCAACAUCCUCAAGGCCAGUAAGCUUCAGCUGGUGGCCGACCUGUUCAGCGGCGAGGACGGCGCCCCCAAAUCCGCCAGAGUCAACGUGCGGCCCGCAAAGUCCGCCCCCAAACCACCCAACAAAGAACACAGGAAGAGCGUCGGCCUGCAGUUCCGCAGCUCUCUGCAUCUUCUGAUGGAGACACUCAACGCCACCACGCCUCACUACGUACGCUGCAUCAAACCCAACGACGUCAAGGAGGCCUUCUCGUUUGACUCUGGUCGAGCAGUGCAGCAGCUGCGAGCGUGCGGCGUUCUGGAGACCAUCCGCAUCAGCGCCGCUGGAUACCCGUCCAGGUGGACAUACAACGACUUCUUCAGCCGGUAUCGCGUGUUGAUGCGCAAGUCGGACAUGUCGUGCCCAGACAAGAAGUUAGUGUGUCAGAAGCUGUUGGAGACGCUCAUCAAGGAAGGCGACAUGUUCCAGUUGGGAAAAAGCAAGAUCUUCUUCCGGGCGGGUCAGGUGGCCUAUUUGGAGAAGCUGCGCGCCGACAAGUUCCGCGCCGCCUGCAUCACCGUCCAGAAGACGGUGCGCGGAUGGCUGCAGAAGGUCCGCUACCAGAAGAUCCGCAAAUCUGUCAUUUUGCUGCAGAGAUACGGGCGAGGAUACUUGGCGCGCAGAUACGCGGAAUACUUGCGCCUGACACGCGCCGCCGUGGUGUGCCAGAAGAACUACCGCAUGGCCAGAGAGCGCCGCGCCUUCCUGAACGUGCGCUGGGCCACAGUCACCAUCCAGGCCUAUGCGCGGGGGAUGUUCACACGCAGGAUCUACCAGGAGUUCCUGCUGCACCACAAGGCGCUGAUCAUCCAGAAGUGCGUCCGCGGGUGGCUGCAGAGGCUCAAGUACCAGCGGAUGUGGCGGGCCGCCGUGGUGCUGCAGUGCGCCUACAGGCGCACUCUGGCGCUGCGCCAUUUCAAGACGCUCAAGACGGAGGCGCGCUCGACCAAAGGCCUGAAGAAGCUCAACACGGGCAUGGAGAACAAGAUUGUCCAGCUGCAGAGGAAGAUGGACGACCAGGGAAAGGAGUACCGCGAGCAGAACGAGCAGCUCCUGCGCGCCAACACCACCCUCGGCACAGAGCUCAGUCGCGUCCAGCAGGAGCUGCAGCACCUGCAGCAGGCGCGCAGCCAGCAGGGAAGCGCCACUCAGCUGACGGCGAUGCGGGCCGAGCUGGAGGCGCUCGGCGUGCAGCUGGACGAGGCCCAGGCCCAGAAGAGCCAGAUGGAGGAGCAGCACCGUUCCGAGAAGCUGGUGCUUACCCAGAGGGUGGCCGAACUGGAGAAAGAAAACGCACUGCUCAAGAGCCAAAAGGAAGAACUCAACCAGAAGAUCAAACAACAGUCCAGCCGCGCUCAAGAGGAUGUGGGAAGCGCCUUGCUGCGCGCCGAAAUGGACGCCGAGCGACGUCGCUACCAAAACCUCCUGAAAGAAUAUUCCAGACUGGAGCAGAGAUACGACAACUUGAAGGAAGAAGUUUCUCUCGGCAAGUUCCAGAUGGGCCACCACCGAACCUCAUCCAAUCAGAGCAGCCUGGAGUCGGACUCUAACUACACGUCCAUCUCCACCUCGGAGGCGGGAGACGCCGAUGACGCCCUGCAGCUGGUGGAGGAGAUGGGCGCCGACAAGGCGGCCAUGGACAUCAGCAUCUUCAUCAAGCUUCAGAAGCGCGUGCGCGACUUAGAACAAGAGAGGAAGCGGCUGCAGGCCAGCCUGGAUAAAAUCGACGAAGCAGCCAGGAACAAGAACUGCGAGGAGGAGACAGCCAAGCGUCUCAAGAGCGCAGCUGAUGCAGAGCAGGAGGCAGCAGACUUGGCCUACAAUAGCCUGAAGCGUCAGGAGCUCGAGUGGGAGAACCAGCAGCUAAAGAACGAUCUCAACGAGUUGCGUCGCAGCGUAGGCGAACGGGCGGCGGACACCGACGCCUCCAAACAGCUGCGCGAUGGCUACGACAUCCUGAUGAGUCAACUGAAGGCAGCCACUGAGGAGCUGGACGCGCGCAAGGAGGAAGUGGUCAUACUCAGGACGCAGAUCGUCAGCGCCGCGCAGCAACACGACCACAACAAACACGCACAGGAGAACGAGAGCGCGGAUGAAGUUGACAUGGGGACUCUACCUUCGGACAAAGACCAGGCUCUGAUGGUCUACCAGCAAGUGUGCCAGUCCAAAAAACUCCUCGAGUGCGAGCUUCAGUCUCAGGCACGCCAACACGGCGAGGAGGUGGAGGCGCUGCGGGCCGAAGUGGAGACGCUGAAGGAGGACGUGGAGAAGAAGCAGGAGGCACUCAACUACACGACGUCCUUGUCGCCGGAGGCCCUGCUGGAGUACAGCGUGCAGCUGGAGAUCACCAGGCUCACCAACGACAACCUGGACUUAAAGGAGCUGGUGGAGAAACUGGAGAAGAACGAGCGCAAGCUAAAGAAACAGCUGAGGAUCUACAUGAAGAAGGUCCAGGAGCUGGAAGUGAGUCACAGCAGCAGUCGCACCAGGUCCGACUUGGGUCGCCAUGUGACACUUCAACGCAAGGAGAAAGACUUUGAGGGCAUGCUGGAGUAUGAUCAGGAAGACGAAGUGAUGCUCAUCAAAACGCUCAUCACAGAUAUGCGUCCUGGCAUGUUGUCAGGCACAGUCCCGUGUCUUCCGGCGUACAUCCUCUUCAUGUGCGUCCGCCACGCUGAUUACGUCAACGACGACCGCAAGGUGGAGUCUCUGCUCACCGCCACUAUCAACGCCAUCAAGCGCGUCCUCAAGAGGAACGAAGACUUUGAGACGACUUCCUUCUGGCUGGCCAACACCAGCCGACUCCUGCACUGCCUCAAACAGUACAGCGGCGACGAGGCGUUCAUGGUUCAGAAUACGUCAAAGCAGAACGAGCACUGCCUGAAGAACUUCGACCUGGCCGAGUACCGACAAGUUCUCAGCGACCUUUCCAUUCAGAUCUACCAGCAGCUCAUACGCAUCGCCGAGGCCACCAUACAGCCCAUGAUUGUCUCUGCCAUGUUGGAGAGCGAGAGCAUCCCGAGCCUGGCGGGGGUCAAGCCCGCCGGCUAUCGGAACCGUUCAUCCAGCGUGGACAAGGACGGGAGCGCCGGCAAUGCAGCCGGCGGCUACACGCUACAGGCGCUCAUCCGCCAGCUGGGCCUCUUUGACGGUGUCAUGCGCGACCACGGCCUGGACCCCGAGAUCGCCGGCCAGGUGGUCCGCCAGCUCUUCCACUGCGUCAACGCCAUCACGCUCAACAACAUCCUGCUGCGCAAGGACGUCUGCUCCUGGAGCACCGGCAUGCAGCUCAGGUACAACACGAGCCAGAUGGAGGAGUGGCUGCGUGCUAACAAGUUGUACCAGACGGGGGCAGCGCAGGCACUCUGUCCCAUCAUUCAAGUUGCUCAGCUGCUGCAAGUCAAGAAGAAAACCUCGCAGGACGCCGACGCCAUCUGCUCACUGUGCACUGCCCUCAACUCCCAGCAGAUCGUCAAGAUCCUCAACUUGUAUACGCCGCUCAAUGAGUUUGAAGAGCGCGUCACCGUAUCCUUCAUCAGGAACAUACAGAAGCAACUCCAGGAGUGCGAAGCGGCUGGCGCGACUCAGGAGGGGGGCGUGGCCAAGGAAGCCCCCCAGCUGCUGGUGGACACCAAGCAGACGCUGCCGCUGCUCUUCCCAUACGCGCCGUCCUCGCUGGGCCUGGAGACACUCCACAUUCCCGCCUCGCUGGGACUCCACUUCCUGGUCAGGGUCUGACCUCACUUCCCCGCCAGCGGGAGCCAAAUAUUCCACUACCUCGCAGGAUGAAAGAGUAUACGAUUCAUGAUUUCUGCCCUCUGUCAACUUGCCCCCAGAGAUGGUGCACUAUUCAAUCAAUCAUUAAAUCCACUGCACUAUGUAAACGUCAAUCCUAAAGUAGAUCCUUUGGGCAUAUCCUAGUCAACCAUAUCACAAUUCCUAAUGCGCAAAUUUUAGUUGGAUCAUUUCAGCCAUCGAGUCAACUAGUCCAAUGGGCUGCAGUCCACUAUGUAGUCAGUCCACUGUAGAACAAUCCUGACUCGAGUGUAUUGGAUGAAUGGCGUCAGUUCAUUUGUAAGUCGGCCACCUCACCUGAAUGAAAAUGCGUUUGUAACGAUCGGGGAGUGGGCAACGAUGAACUCCGUUGGCAAUCAUUCCCGACUCCACAAUCACUACAUGGGGAUUUCUAGUGGACUUUUUUGGAACUCCAGGUCCACUCCUUAGAAGAAGAAAAAAAUCCCUGUGCCGGUGAGGAGUCGAAAUUUCAGAGCUUCCACGCAUUCUUCAUCAUAAGGAUGAAGAAAGCGUCGUUGUCGAUGGAGGCACUGACGCCGCAGUAGUAGUUGAUGAACUCUUCGUGUGUCACCUGCGUGAGGUCAAAAUGGCAGCAGCUCGUGA